GAGCGUUUGUUUUUAUCCGCGGCGUCGCGCAGGUCAGUCGGGGGAAGCGGUGGGCGUUCCUCCGGGUUCGUGUUCGUUCGCUGUUGAUGCUGAGAAGAUUUUCCUCUCCUUACCACGACCAGCUUUUUCCCGAUGUUUCUUCCUACGCUUGUGGAGGACAUGCAUCAUUUUAAACCCAGUCGAGACAGACUGUACACCACCAGGUGUUGCGGAUGUUGCCACGUCCGGACGGGGACCAUCAUCCUGGGGACUUGGUACAUGGUUGUCAACCUGUUGAUGGGCAUCCUGCUGACCGUAGCCGUGACCCACCCAGAGAACGUGCCCACUAUUGACUUGCAGUAUGAGGUCAUCGACCAUUACUUUGCCUCAGACAGGAUGUCCGAGAACGCCUGCGUUGGAUUUGCCAUCUCUCUGCUGAUGCUCACUAUCAGUGCCAUGAUGGUGUACGGAGCGAUCACCCACCGUGACGGCUGGCUCAUCCCGUUUUUCUGCUACCAGCUGUUUGACUUUGCCCUGAGCUGCUUGGUGGCCAUCAGUUCUCUCACCUACCUACCAAGGAUCAAGGACUACCUGGACCAGCUGCCGGAUUUCCCGUACAAGGACAACCUGCUGUCUCUGGACUCCAGCUGCCUGCUGCUCUUUGUGCUGGUCUUCUUUGCGUUCCUCAUCAUCCUCAAGGCUUACUUGAUCAACUGUGUGUGGAACUGCUACAAGUACAUCAACAACAGGAACAUGCCAGAGAUCGCCGUCUACCCUGCCUUUGAGACCCCUCCCCAGUACAUCCUGCCAACUUACGAGAUGGCAAUGAAGAUGCCAGAGAAGGAGCCGCCUCCUCCUUACAUGCCCGCUUAAGCACCAGCCCUGUUGCCAAAACACACAUUACACAUGCACACACACACACUACCAUAUGCAUUCCUACCUUCCCUCACUCACCGUUUCUGAACACCUUUACCCCUCUCGCUUCCUCCCACCCUGCCUUCUAACCUACUGUGUAUGUGUAAGGCCACUGAAAAUGUUUUGUUCAGCCCUGUUGUCUGUAUUUCUAUGAAGUGUCUAUAGAGCUGGAGGUGUGAGAGGAGAACGAUGGGAGACCUGAAUGAAUGAAUGUGAUGUUUGAAAAGCAACAGAAGCUACCAGCCCCCCCACCCCGUCGCACCACCAACACCACCCCUGGCCUUUUUUUAUGUCUUAGUAAAAAGGGAUACAUGUGAAUAUUAAAUAGCUUGAAAUGCUUUCAUCGCUCCAGCACCAUCCUAUCUAUAGAUUGAUAUAUGAAGUGUAAAAAGAAAAACUAUUACGACAAUCCACUUAUUAUAGCUCUUAUUGUUGAAUUGUGUUACUUUCCCGCCCCUAAUUAUUAAGAUCUAGACUAUUCCUGCUCAGUCUUGGAUGGAGUCUGUAGCACUUUUGUCUGUUAUUUAUUUAGCUUUGCCGUGGUUCAGUUCACCACCACCACCCCCUGACAUUUUCAUCACUUCCUGCUGCCCUGAUGUGUUAGCAAAGCUAGUGAAUAGUGUUCCAGCUGAGACGGGUGGAGAGAGACUGCAGAGGGCACUGGUGAUGAAUCAUAUUCUCUGCUUCUUUCUCUCCUGACAUCUGGAGCAAACAGCUGGUCUUGUGAACAUUAGUAGUUGCAUGCUUAUCAACAAGCCCCCCCCCUGCCCCUCCCAUUACUUUACUAGUAAUAUGAUUUUAUCCUAGUGGAAAAAUUUGACUUCAAUAAACGUUUCAGAACAUU